AUGUCUCUCCUACUGUACAACUCCACCAGGAUGAGGCGGCUUCUGUCCAAGGCCGUGGUGAUUGAUGAUGGUGACGACGAUGUAUAGCCCUAGAGGCAGAACGCACACAAUUACAUCCACCUUCUCAGCCUCUUCCUCUUCCUCUGGUUCUUUCUGGGAAAUUACUGGGUCUUUUCUGUUUACCUGCCAGAUUUUAUUCCACCUUUCCAGCAGCCUCAGGAUUACUGUGACAAAACCCUGUACCUCUUUGCAGUGGGUGUCCUCGUGCUGGGCUUGCUUGUGCUGGGCAGCAGCUGUGUCCACGUGUGGUCCAGGUGGAGGCCUGCUGCUGAGGAAGACUGA